AUGCUGCUACAGUCUGCAGCAGACGCUGUUUCCCAGCACCAUGUUGUUGUGAUUGCUGCCUCAAUCCUACUGGGUAUCGCAGCCAAGUGUCUCUAUGAGCUGUGUCUAAACCCUCUUGCCAGAUUCCCCGGCCCUAAAUAUGCAGCCGUGAGCCGAAUCGCAAACCUAUACCACAACUCCAAGGGGGACCACAAUGACUGGAUCAGCGAGCUCCAUGAUAUCUACGGCAGCACCGUUCGUGUGGCUCCCAAUGAGCUGAGCUAUUCAAAUCCCGAGGCAUGGAAAGAAAUUUACGGCCAUGCAAUCGGCGGUACGAAGCCAACAGAAAAGGAUGCUCGGUUCUACGGGCCCUCAUUCAACGGCUCUACAGAUAUCAUCCGUGCUUCUGGCCCUGACCAUGCGCGUUUCCGCCGCAACUUCUCUCAUGCAUUUUCUGAAAAGGCUCUCCGUGAGCAAGAGCCAUUGAUUUGCCAUUACGUCAACAUGCUAACUGAUAAACUCUCCAAUCUGGCGCGUGAAAGUCCGGAAGCCCCCGUUGAGCUCGUUCGCCUAUACAACCUCACAACCUUUGACAUCAUGGGUGACCUGACCUUCGGCGAGCCUCUGGACUUACUGGUCGGAACCGGCGAUGAUGGAUGGGUAUCUGCCAUAUUUCUGAGCAUGAAGACAAAUUCCCUGCGUCGACUUGGCCGUUACUAUCCCUGGACUGUACUAUUGGUCAAGAGACUCAUCCCAAAGGGCCUGAUCGAGAAGGCCAUCUCGCAUUACAAGGCGUGCCAGGAGCGCGUAGAUAGACGUAUUGACCCAGCGCGGAACUUCCAAAAGCCCGAUAUUUGGGGCAUUGUGAUGCGACAGAAGGAGGAGCUUCGACUGAGCCACGCUGAGAUGUAUGCAAAUUCUCAGGUGUUUAUGGUUGCUGGCACCGAAACAACGGCCACUGCGCUCAGCGGCUUGACAUAUCAUCUUCUCAUGAAUCCGAACAAAAUGGACAAGAUAGUUGGCGAAAUCCGAGGCGCGUUCAAGCAGGACUCGGACAUCAACCUUGGAUCUCUUAUGCGGAUGCAAUACUUGAAUGCGUGUAUCGAGGAAGGGCUCCGCAUGUAUCCUCCAGUGCCGGUGGGACUGCCGCGAGUUGUUCCCAAGGGAGGGAUUUCUGUUUGUGGGGAGCAUAUCCCUGGCAAGACAGCAGUAUCAGUCAACCAGUGGGCGACAUAUCGAGACCCUGCCAACUUCAAGCGAGCAAAUGAGUUUAUCCCCGAGCGAUGGAUCAGUGACGAAUUUUCCACUGACAACAAGGCCGCCCUUCAGCCAUUCUCGUUUGGGCCGAGAAACUGCCUUGGGAAGAACCUGGCGUACAGCGAACUGCGCAUUAUACUGGCGAAAGUGCUGUAUAACUUCGAUCUUAGCCUUGUUCCGGAGUCCGUAGGCUGGGAUAAACAGAAGGUCUUCUUACUAUGGGAGAAGCGCAAGUUGAUGGUUCGUCUGAAGGAGCGGGCGAAGGCUGUAUAG